UUUGUGCGGUCCGCGAGUGACUCGGUCGAUAUGGCCUAUCGCAUGGAAGCCAACGCACUCUACAUCCAUGAGAAGUGGCUUCAUGUGCGGGGCGCCGAUGGCCCGGCAACGGAAGGCGCCAUCCGCUCGGAGCGCGACGUGUUUCUCUGCCAGUAUCUGGCGGAAGAGCUGUACCGGCGUGCCGUGACGCUCAUCGUCCACAAGACCGAUGGGCUGCGCACGAGCCAGACAAUCCAGCCGCUCCUUCAAGCGGCACACUGGAAGUUGCACGAGAUGCCACGCCGGAUUGAGGUGUACGCCGCCGCCGCCGCUGACGACGGCCCGAGGGCGACACAGGUCUCGUUCUACACGGGCCACAGCCUCCUGUUCACUAAGCUGUGCGGGACGCGAGUGUCGUAUCUGGUCGUGCUACAUGGGCCCAACUGCGUCGCCCAGUCGGUGGAUCACCUGCUGUACGACCCCAGCCGGGACUGCUGUCUGUGCCCGCGGCAGGUGGUGCCCCUGAGCAUGCGACGAGCUGUGUUCGAGGAUCCGGGCCACGGGCCCUGGGUUCCCAUGGUGGUGAAGAUGUCGGUUCGCGACGGCCUUGUCGGCGCCAUGUCCUCCUCAGGGGGCCAUGAUUGGCCGCUUCUUCCGAAAGCGCAGGACGGAGCGUUGGUGGCGAUUGCGCCUCCUUCCUCCUCUCCGUCGUCGGAGACGGCAGCUCCCCGCGGAACCGUCCCGGUGGAUCGUCCGUCCACGGUCAGUGCUGCCUUGGAUCCUGUGCCCACCACCCCGACGGCUGCCACUCAAGAGGACCAAGACACGACCGCCGCGUCGCAGCUGGCCGCUGGGCCGCUUGAACUGGGAACGGGCGCGCAGACGACGGCAUCAGACACGGCAUCGGACACCGCAGCACCGGUCCCUCUCGUAUCAGUGGUGGAAUGCCUCGCCCCCCACCCGGAUGACCAUCCCGAGUCCGCGUCUGGUGCGCUGCCCUCGACCAUCUCCCGGAAUAUGACCUCUGCGGAUGGUGCGUGGUGGCAGACCUGGCCAGAACCGCCCCGGGAUGUCCAAACGUCACCAAGCGCUGCGGAUCUCAACAUUGGACGCUUUCAGGUCCAGGAAUCGCAUCGGUCAUGCGAGCCACCCCAGGGCCUUUCGAAAGGGCAAUACGCUCGGGUCCAGCUCCGCGAGCCGGGCGGGGAUGGCACCACGACCGGCCGGUACGUCCUCUACGUCCACGAUGUUCUGCCGCCGACCCUGUCGCAUGGUCCGGGCGCCCGUCUCGUCGUCACGAAAUACUCCUUCCUGGCCGACCGGUUAGCGUGGGAAGCCGGGCAUCCAGACACUCAGGCCCAGGAGCUGCUCCUGCACUUCCGGGACGCUGACCGGAUUGGCUAUCCGGACGACGCGGAGAUUAUUAAUGCCGACACCGUGGUCGCGGUGGAUUCGAUGGACACCGAGCCGGUUGGCCCGACCGUGUCGUAUGUCGCACAGGUGCCUGACCCGGCGAACGGCCUUUUCGUGCGGUAUGGCAUUCGCGAGGGGUCCCAGCGGGAGUGGUUGUUUCUGGCGCCGCUGGUGUCUUCACUCACGGGCCCGAGAGGCAGUGCCGCGUAUCCACGCUUUUCUCCGCUGCCUGUGGCCUCCGUCUUCGAUCUCUCCCCCGACGACCUGCGCCUGUCGGUUGGCUUCCAGAAGGCGGGAUAUUGCGUGCAGGCCGCGGUUGGUUUUGCCGAAGACCGCCACCAGGCAUGGAAGACGCAACAUCCCGAUGCCACCGUCUACCCGGGCUGUGUUGCGUCCGCCCUCGCGACGAUGGACUACGACCUCUCCACGCAACCGGAUGACAGAGGGCGUGAUGUGCCCCGCAUUGUGACCAUUAGUGGCGAGGGGUCUUUCGCUAAAUCCGCCGCCGGGUGGCUCGACCCUAGCUCCUCGGGCUUCGAUGGCUUCGACGGUCUCUCCGGGGAGACGCUGAGUCCGCUUCAACAGUGUGAGCUCGCGGCGCAGUCUCCAGGGCUGAGUCCGGACUUCAUCGUGCUGAUGAUGUCCCGGUCGAUCUUGACAGACCAGUCGUGGGGCUCACUGGCUCGCACCAUGGGUCUUCUCCUCGAGCAAGGGUAUGCGGUGGCGCUGCGGCCGGUCUCUCUGCCGGAUCCGGGGCAGCAUGGGGAGCGAUCGGUUCUCCUCCUCGCCGCUCCGGGCCGCACCGACCCACAGUGGAUCGAUGACACGCUUUCCGACCUGCGAAUGGUGUCGGCCUCGGACGAGCUGCUGGAACGUGCGGAGAACGAGAGCGGCGUCUCUAGCGUCCCGGCCGCGGAUGGUGUAGCGGCAGCCGGGUCGGCGGGUGGAGGCGAUGCUGGUCCUCCAUCGGAUUCCACUCCUCGGCGUGGUGACAGCGUUCUCACGGAUGGCGCACAACAUAUUGCCGCCACGGUCUCCCGGAUUAUCGGAGAAUUUUCAACCAAGUGCGCGCUGACGACGAACCUCCCCCGAUUGGUUGUGACUGACAAUUCGGAUGGCGCGCAGGACAGAGCCAAGCGACAGAGGAUGUAG